AUGAGGACGGUGGAGGAGACCUUUUUUGACUUUUCCCAGAGGAGGAAAGGAAUACUGAGGGCCCUGGUACAGGAGGUGGACAAGUUCUACGCGGCAUGUCACCCAGAACUGGACAAUCUCUGCCUGUACGGCAACCCAGACGGGAGCUGGGAGGUCCGACUGCCAUGUGAUGAGGUUCCACCAGAGCUGCCCGAGCCGGCUCUGGGUAUCAACUUUGCAAGGGACGGCAUGGACCGUCGAGAUUGGCUGUCGCUCAUAGCGGUGCAUUCCGACUCCUGGCUCAUCUCAAUGGCCUACUUCAAUGCCGCCAGGCUGGAUGCCGAGGGCAGGCGGCUCCUCUUCAAUGAGAUCAACUCCCUGCCCACAUGUCUUGAGGUGGUGACAGGCAGCGCAGCCCCCGGCAGCACCACCCAGGCUGCCGCUCACAUAUCCAAGCGCCCCGCGGGAGUGCCCCAGGCAGACCCUGCCCCCGAUACAAAACGCCCGGCCUUCCACCCUGCCGUGAGUCUGGCUGUGGCGCUGGGCCAGACCGCCAACCAGGGGCGGCCGCGACAAGGGCCUCCCCCUUCAUCGGCCGCCGAGGAGUCCUCGGGGUCGGAGGAUGCAGAGGAAGCGGAGUACGAGCCCUGCCCCAACUGCGGCCGAGAGUUCAAGGACGGCGACUUCUGGAUCUUCUGCGACUACUGCCGGCGCUGGUUCGACGGGAGGUGUGUGGGCAUGACGGCGCAGCGUGCCGAGGCCUCCAAGACGUGGAAGUGCCCCUUCUGUACCAAGGAGGCAUAG